UAUUUGUUUCGUCCCUCAGAUCAACAUACAUAGCUGUAUUACUCAUUAAAAUUUUGUUGCGCUGUUCGAUGCUGUGAAUGGAUUUCUAGAGUGUCAUCAUGUUCUUGGCAAAAGCAUUAGAGCGUAUCGUUGAAGAUAGAGAAAUUAAGCGGCCGCAGCAUGCUGAGCUGAAAGACGCAUGUGAGAGCGUUUUGAAUGACAUCAAAGUGGACUUGAAGGGCAGUGAGCAUGUGUCAGGUGCUCCGUCCGCUUUGCCCUUGCCGAAGUCCACUGCAGGGAGCAUGAAUGCCGAGAAGUACAUACUGCCUUUCGAAUUGGCUUUGCAGUCGAAAUCGCCCAAGUUCAUUGUUACGGCUUUGGAUGGGUUACAGGCGCUCCUUACUGUGAUCACGUCGAACACAUUGGAGGUGCACGAAGCAACCCUAGUUCAGGCUGUACGGACGUGCUACAACAUAUGCCUGGGAAGUCGGAAUCUAGUGAACCAGACCACAGCGAAGGCAACUUUAACGCAAAUGAUGAACGUCAUCUUCAGUAGGAUGGAACAAGCGAAAAAAGAGCCCAUUUUAACUAAUGAACUUGCGGUCACGAAUUGUCUGACGUCAUCUGUUUCUGAAAGUUCUCUCACGAGCAAGUCAUCCCAAUGUGUCGAACCUCAAUUGAACGACAUGAAUGAUGAUCAGAAAGAAAAGGAUAUUGAAUCGUGCAGCGAAGCAAACGAUCAAGGAGAUGGGUCCCAUUCUUCCCCUGUCGAGGAAUCUCCGAAUCCAAUUGCGGAAAGUGAGGAAGGAGGUGAAAGAACAGUCAUGAGUCCCGAAGAUUUUGAUUCAAUUGUUGUGAACAUCAUCGAAGGUCUCAUAAAGGAUGUUGUCCAAGACAGUGAAGAAAAAAAACGUGCUCAUGCAUCGGCAGCUCAGGUGAAUCCGUCAGUGCCACAACGAGUUUCAUCCCAAGAAAGCUUAGAUAUUCAAGAUUCUUUACACGAUGUUAUGACCGCCAGAUUCACCCAUGUAGCGCAAAAGGACGCUUUUCUAGUGUUCAGAGCUUUAUGCAAAUUAUCGAUGAAACCUUUGCGUGAAGUGGAUCCGAGAUCCCAUGAGCAUCGAAACAAAGUAUUAUCACUUCAGUUGCUGCUCGUCAUUCUUCAGAAUGCUGGACCUGUCUUCCAGACGAACGAAAUGUUCACCACGGCGAUUCGGCAGUAUCUCUGUGUUGCAUUAUCAAGAAAUGGAGUUUCCCCUGUUACCGAAGUCUUCGAGCUGUCGUUAGCCAUAUUUCUGGUUCUCAUUCACAAGUUCAAAGUUCAUUUGAAGGCACAGAUCGAAGUCUUUUUUCGUGAUAUUCUAUUGAAUGUCCUGGAGUCGUCGACCAGUACGUUCGAGCAUAAAUGGAUGGUGAUACAGGCCUUGACGCGGAUUUGCUCCGACUCUCAGUGCAUGGUGGACAUCUACGUGAACUAUGAUUGUGAUUUGAGUUCUGCGAAUAUUUUUGAGCGACUAGUCAAUGACUUGUGCAAGAUUGCGCAAGGAAGGACGGCUUUGGAACUCGGCGCGACUCCGUCCCAAGAGCAAACGAUCCGUGUGAAAGGUUUGCAAUGUCUUGUUUCCCUUCUCCGGGGAAUGGUGGAAUGGUGCAAAGAUCAAUAUGCAGCACCGCAGAUGCAAUCAAGUUUCGCUGGUGACUUGCAAGGAAAUUCUGCAGUGAAAGAAAAUGGCGUUGAUAAAAUUGACAGUCAAACGGGGCCUUCAUCACUCAUCACUCCACUUUCGUCCAAUUACGGUUACUUGCCGAGUUCGGGAAUGAACCCAAGUCCACCCGUGCAGCAUUCGAAGUCAAGUGCAUUAGAUCCGCAGCGUGUCGAAGUUUUGAAGCAACAAAAGGCUGUUUGGGAAGAAGGAAUUGAUUUGUUUAACCGAAAGCCCAAGAAAGGAAUCGCAUUCUUGCAGGAGAAAGAACUAGUGGGGAAAACCCCGGACGCUGUGGCAAGUUUUUUUCAUAAUGACGAUAGGUUGAAUAAAACGCUCAUCGGAGAUUUUUUGGGAGAAGGCGACGACUUUAAUAAAGAGGUUAUGUAUUCGUACAUCGAUCAAAUGGAUUUUACCGACAAGGAAUUUGUGGUCGCCCUUCGUCAAUUUUUGGAAGGAUUUCGUCUUCCCGGCGAAGCUCAGAAAAUCGAUCGAUUGAUGGAGAAAUUUGCGUCACGUUACUGUGACUGCAAUGCAAACCAGGGGUUGUUUGCAAGUGCUGACACAGCGUAUGUGUUGGCGUAUUCAAUCAUUAUGUUGACGACGGAUCUGCAUUCACCUCGCGUGAAGAACAAAAUGACGAAGGAGCAAUACAUCAAGAUGAAUCGUGGGAUCAACGACAGCAAAGAUUUACCGGAGGAAUACCUGUCGAAAAUUUAUGACGAAAUUUUUACCAAUGAGAUCAAGAUGAAAUCCUCUGGUCGACCAGAAAGACAAAUCGUAACGAAUGAAAAAAAGCGCCGACUUGUGUACAACAUGGAGCUAGAACAAAUCUCUGAGACUGCUCAAGCCUUGAUGCAGGCAGCGUCGCAUGUUGACACCCUGUUCACUCAAGCUGUCCAUUUGGAACAUGUUCGACCUAUGUUUCGGGUGGCUUGGGCAUCGUUAUUGGCUGCGUUCAGUGUUGAUCUUCAAGAUUGUGAUGAUGCUGAUGUUGCGACGUUGUGCCUGCAAGGAAUUAGAUGCGCGAUUCGUAUUGCGUGUAUUUUUCGAAUGGAGUUGGAGAGGGACGCGUAUGUCCAAGCCAUUGCAAGAUUCUCUCUUUUGACUGCGACAUCCCCCAUCAGCGAGAUGAAAGCCAAAAACAUAGACACAAUCAAGACGUUAAUAUUUGUUGCGCAAUCGGACGGGAAUUACCUGGGCCAUGCGUGGUUGGACGUUCUGCGUUGCAUCUCCCAACUUGAGCUUGCUCAGCUACUUUCUUCGAAUCCUGCUGCGGCCGGACGUGGCGGAAGUGGUCAGAAAGCAUCGUACCCGUCUGGGAUCGUUGGGGUUCCGGUCAGCGGUAUGGGCCUGGUGCUCAACUUGAACUUGGGUGCGUGGACUAACUUUUCCAAAGGGGCUGGAAGCGACGAUCAUGCGGGAUUCGUUUUGCCGGACAACCUGGAUCUGAGUUCUAUUAGUGACCAGAAGAGACUGGCUUCCGUCAAAGAGUCCAUCAACCAAGCCAGUUCUCAGAGCGUUGUGGUUGCUGUGGAUCGCAUCUUCACCGGUUCCGUGCAUCUCGAUGGAGACGCGAUAGUGAGCUUUGUCGAAGCUCUUUGUCAAGUAUCGAGCGAUGAAUUGGCUGCCAUGCCGCGUCCGCGCAUGUUCAGCUUGCAAAAAAUCGUUGAAAUUUCGUACUACAACAUGGGACGCAUCAGGUUGCAGUGGAGCAGGAUUUGGCAAGUUCUAGGGGAACACUUCAACCGCGUAGGAUGCCAUCCGAAUGAAGAAAUUGCUUUCUUUGCAAUUGAUUCUCUACGGCAGCUGUCCAUGAAGUUUUUGGAAAAGGGCGAACUGCCGAAUUUCCGUUUUCAGAAGGACUUCUUGCGUCCGUUUGAAACGAUAAUGAAGAAAAAUAGGUCCCCAACCGUUCGAGACAUGGUUGUAAGAUGUAUCGCGCAGAUGGUGAAUUCGCAGGCAGAUAACAUCAAGUCGGCACAAGUGUUCGAGAAGAAGUUCCAUUCGGUCAUUGACUCGUUUCAAGACGCGGUCAAAUGCUUGAGUGAAUUUGCGUGCAAUGCCUGCUUCCCGGAUACUUGCAUGGAAGCCAUUCGACUGAUUCGCAAUUGUGCGAAAUAUGUCGAUCAACGACCUCAUUACUUCCUUGAGCACAAUAUGGACGAGUUGAGUGUCUCCGAAGAAGACCGAGUUUGGGUGAGGGGUUGGUUCCCAUUGCUGUUCGAGCUCUCGUGCAUAAUCAACCGGUGUAAAUUGGAUGUUCGAACCCGUGCCCUAACGGUGCUAUUCGACAUCAUUAAGACUCACGGGAGCACGUUUCAUCCUCAUUGGUGGAACGAUUUGUUUCAUCUCCUCUUCCGCAUCUUUGAUGUGAUGAAAAUCCCUGAUGAAGAGUACGAACUUCAGAUGGAGUCGAGGACGCGAUUGUCGGAGCAUAAGGAAGAAUGGAUGACGACCACGUGCAAUCACGCCUUGUACGCAUUGGUGGACGUGUUCACGCAAUUCUUUGACUCGCUGCAUUCAAUCUUGUUGAAGGAUAUGUAUAAUCAGCUCUUGUGGUGCAUUCAACAAGAUAAUGAGCAGCUGGCACGGUCCGCUGCAAAUUGCCUGGAAAACCUGGUAAUUUCCAAUGGAUCCAGGUUCAACGGAGAAACAUGGAUGAUCACGUGUGAGACGCUCAAGGACGCUUUUGGUGGAACUUUGCCCCAAGCUUUAAUGACCUGGAAACCGGAUGAAUGCGCUGCGACAUCCGGCAAUGUCUCUGGGUCUAACGAGGUGGACACUGGCCUUACGGCGGAUAUGAGCAACUCUGCGUACCUUCCAGGUAUUUUGAAGCGAUCUGACAGCCGUCAGAGUUUGGUGAAUGACGAUGGGAGUCGACAACCAAAAAGUCAACCAUACUCGAUGUCCAGUCACGGAAUUUUUGCCUCACUUUUGGUGAAGUGCAUUGUUCAACUGGAACUUAUUCAGACCGUGGAUCACGUACUAUUUUUCCCUGCGACAAGUAGGAAAGAAGAUGCGUCCUAUUUGGCUGCUGCAAAGGCGACAAUGAGUGAGAUCAGUAUUCGUUCAGAAUCGUUCGGCGAAGAAAACGGAAUGUAUCCCUUUUUGGAAGCCCCGCAUCUUUUCAAGAUCCUCGAAUGUUUGCAAAACUCUUACGAUUUGGCCAAGUCGUUCAAUAACCAUCAUGAGCAAAGGAUGAUUCUGUGGAAAGCCGGUUUCAAGGGAAAUGCGAAACCGACGUUGUUGCGGCAAGAAACACAGAGUCUAGCCUGUGCCUUAAGAAUGAUGUUCAGGAUGAGUUGUGAUGAGCGUUUUGAUGACGCGACGAGGAAAACAGUGAACGGUAGACUGAUUGCCCUUUGUACGUCGGCAGUGAGUGAUUACCUGAAUCUGCCGUUUGAAUCCUAUCGUGGAGCUUGGACCCCGAUAAUUGUCCUUGUGUUUACGCGCAUCAUGCAACUGUCAGAUGAUGACUUUCGGAGCCAUCAUCUAACAAACGCGUCACCUGGUGAUGUUCGUGCGCAGCUCAUCUACAGCACUCCGAGCUUGCUCCUGCUGGUCAAGAUAAGCUUUCGACUUGAGAAGUCAGAAAGAAAGGAUUCUCCGCUUGGUGUUUACCUGAAGCAAGUUGUUCCUGAGUUUGCGGAUGACUUGUCAUUCAGAUCUCUUGCUUCUGAGUUGCUAGAAACUGUCAAAGGAGCUGAAGAUGUCGUCCCAGACUUGAAUCCCGCUGAUGAUGUUUGCAGUCCACCAAGUUCACCGCUUUACUUCGAAUUAAUCGCGGAAUCCCUCUGUCGGAAGAAGUCCGGAGAUGCUCAGUUUCGUGAAAGAUUGCCCUUAGCUUUUCGCGCUUUCAUUACUUUGCGGUGGAUUGAUUACUACCAUUUCAUUAAAAAAUUUCGUUCAGCGAUCGAAACCUGUUGUGGCCGAACGACUAUGUCUGAUAUUCACGAUUUCGUUCGUCGGAAAGUCGUAAGAUUGUCUCGAGCAUCAGCUGCACUCUCGUGUAGACUCAACAACGCCGUCAAGUUCCAUGUGUAUCUCGCGGAACAUCGAGGAGAACCAGUUGCACCGAGCGUAUACAUACCCGAGUGUAAUCCCAAUUUUUUGCUUCUGAUACAUUUUGUUUCCCUGGUGAAUCGGCUGAGGGCUGUGAAUGAAUGUGAAACUGAAGUACCGCGUCUUAUCAAAAAGUCUGCUUUGGACCGUGAAAUUCAGAUUUUGAAGCAGUGGAUCUUGCCGGAGAAAAUCUUGGAUUUCGAAGCCAUUCGAGAUUCACAUACUGUUUCGAAUAUCUCGGAAAGUCUUCCGCAUUUUAUCUCUCCACAUCCUCCACUUGAUGAAGAAUUUACCUGCGAUGGAGAAGGAGUACUUGAACCAGUGUCGACCAGUGAAGCGAAGGAUAAGAAUAUUUCCUUUGAGCAAACUGGAACUGUCAAUCCUGUCCUUCUGUUGGAGCUCAAGCCAAAGCUCAAAGAAAUCCAAUUCGAGUGGGAAACUAGGGAAAAAUCAUUGCACAGCGAAGGAACGUUGGAUUUCGAAGAAUCUGAUUUUAGACAAAUCUCGGAAAGUCGAUGUCAAGCGAAUGCCCCUGACUUCACCGAAGUUGCUAGGAAAAUGGCCGCUUUUGGUCCCAUGUUAGAGAACUUAAUUUCUCGUCAAGGAGAAAGCAUUUUUGCAUGCGCGGACAGAAUGAAUGGGAUAGCAAUGAGAACUCCUUCGAAGCGUCGCGUUUGCGAAGAAGCCCCGCCGUCGGGAUGGCUGACUCCGAGCAAAGUCAUGCAAAAAUUCAGGAACAAAAAACGUGCCCUCGAUAUUCGAUUGACAGUGCAAAGUGCGCCAGUGAUCCCUGAAGAAACUUGUGACGCGGGCGUUGACGUCGAACUUCCCGGAGCAAAAAAUCCAUUCAGAGUUCCUCGACUGGAACAAGGAUUUCCGGGACAACCAUCGCGAAAAGCACAUGAAUUCGAUUGUUCUUUGGAUGCCGACGCUGAAAUUUGGAAGCUUCUCUCUUCGCCUGUAAAAAAGAAGCAGAGAACAGAUCAAGUAGCAGUGGCAAAGAAGCAAGUGGAUUUACCAGAAGCUGAAAGUGGUUGCACUCUUUUACGUGAAGACAUCCCAGUAGACUGGAGCAUGAAAUCCAGAAUCCGCUGUAUUUUCACUGUAAAAGCCGAACUUCCUCCUCCCUUGAAUCCGCGUCGCACGUUUUCUGCACCAGAGGAAGCCUCCGGAGUCACUGCAUUUGUUCGGCGAAUGGAUAUCAAAUCGAGCGAAUUCCUGCUCGAUUCGUCUGUUGAUGCCCGAUUGCGAGAAGCAACGUGUUAUUGGCAGCAUCCCAACAUUCCAUGGAUGUCAUUGUUUCCGAGGAACGGAACGGUUUUAGGCGAAAGAUUUCUAGGCGAUGCCGUUGCUAAGUCGGGGUCGGUGUCUACGCUGGUAGCAAGUGAUGCCAUUGUACAACAGGGUCUAAGAAGAGACUGGGAGGAAAGCUUGAGGAGCAUUUACUUCAUGUUGAAGUUGAAGCAGUGUCCGUACUUUUAUAUCUGUGCAUCUACGUUCACUUGCCUUUUCCGUGCAGCUGGUUUGGAUGGGCGCGAAGAGAUUCAAGCUUUCGUUUGUCCCACAACGAAGGGAAUGCGUGAUGCCCUAAAACGUGAAGAAAUAAUAUUUUCAAUGCCGCUGAAGCGCCGAUCUUCGCAAGAAGCAGACAGCGAGGAACUGCGAAAAGAGGACGAUGGGACAGAUUCGGACGAAGAAAUGGAUUCUAUGCUCUUGUCAAGGAUUGGCCUCGGUCCGGACAGGUCUUCACAAACGUCAUCCCAAGGGCCCGGUGCAACGGGGAAACACGCCGUUAUUGACAGCAGUGUGGUGAUCGACGGGAAGCCCGAGUCUCUGGUAUUGAUCGAAGCCGGAGACGUGCAAGUAUUCUACGGGUAUUUUGUCGAGAGUCUCUGGGGCUGGAACACGACUGGACCUCACGCCGGGGUCCCGCCAUCGAUUUUCUCCCCCACCGCGUUCCUCGGAGCAUCGUUGGGUCGAUUGAAGGUCCGUCGAAACGAAAUUGAGGAAAAAGGGCGGAAGAAAACCCAGUUGGACAUAGUUGGUCCAAUAAUGCCUAAUGUUGUUCCCUCGAUUCUGGACCUAUUCGAGGAUUCUGGCGCAGACUUUGAGCUGAAUAUGGCCUGUCUUCCUGGUACUGCCUCUUUCAAUUCCAGACCGGAGAAUGAAACAAUUUUGAAAGAGGAAGAUAUGGACGCUCAAGUCAGUUUUGAGAAAGAGCAAAUGCCGGACCCGACUCAAAAGCUGAAGGAUUCACAAGAUGCGGAAAGGAAAGUCAUCGAGCUGAACGAUAAAAUUCAAACGUGUCGAGAACAGAUAUCAAAACUUCCGGGAAUAGACCUGAGCAAAGCGGAUCAACUGAAUAGAUUGGACGCCCUCAAAAAGCAGCUGUUGAUAAAAAAGGAACUGCUCGAGCGUUAUCGGGGAAUGUGCGCUUUCGAGACUCCCGAGGCCACUUGAAAAAUGGCCCCGAAACAUCGUGAUAUUUCAUUUGCUCUACGAAAUGUUUUUAACCUCUUGGUUUUUUAAAAUGUUGUGAUUCAUACAAACGAUCAUAUUAUGAAUGGAA